CUUCUGUGAGGACACACAGUGAGAAAUAUCUGUUGGACUGUCGAAGAUUUUACAAGUUAUUGUACGAAGGCCCUUAAAUCAGUGUGGAUUUUGUGAGGGAACGGAAUGGAUCAGAACACUAGUGCCCCGAACGAGACCUGCGAUGUUUACAUCUGCAAGGAGACCGCCCAAGUCCUUUUCCCCAUAUUCUACACCCUGGUAUUCCUGUUUAGCAUCACGGGCAACAGCUUGGUCAUCUAUAUCACCUGCCUCAAACAGCAGAAAUUUAAGUCCACCUCCCUAUACCUGCUCAACCUGGCCCUGUCCGAUACCCUGUUCUCUCUGGCUCUGCCAAGCCGCAUUGUCUACUACAUACGAGGGUUCGACUGGCCCUUUGGGGACUUCCUGUGCAGGCUUACCACCGUCAUCUUCUACACCAACACCUACGCUGGCAUCGCCUUCAUGACCUGCAUCAGCCUGGACCGGUACCUGGCCAUGGUGCACCCGCACCGACUUCUCCGUCUUCGGAAGGCCGAGUCCGUGCGGGUCAUCUGCGCCCUGGUGUGGCUUCUGGUCUUCCUCCAGACCACCCCCCUCCUCUUCCGGAGCAUGCUGGGCCACUCCGGGGACAAGCGCACCUGCAUGGAAUACUUCCGGCUGGACUCCUCGCCGUCCUUGCCGUACCUGCUUCUGGUGGCCUGUGCCGUGAGCUUCUGUGUCCCUCUCGGGAUAAUCUUGGCCUGCUACACCCAGAUCAACCUCAAGCUGUCUCGGGCGGCCAAGAACAACCCCCUGACGGGCCGCUCAGGGGCCAGAAACCACAAGGCCAACAACGUCAUCCUGCUGAUCCUGCUGACCUUCGUCUUGUGCUUCAGCCCGUACCACCUCAACAUCAUGCAGUUCAUGGUACUCAAGCUCCUGCGCGAACCCUCCUGCAAGGAGCUGAAGGCUUUCAAGAUGUCCCUGCAGGUCACCGUCUCCCUGAUGAACCUCAACUGCUGCCUGGACCCCGUCAUCUACUUCUUCGCCAUCAAGACCUACAAGCAGAGGGUGAUGAGCCUGUUCAGAGGUCGCCUGUCAACAUCCGCGCUAUCGUCAAAAACCACAACUGACAACAGCAGCAGCAACACCUGAUAGGCUUCCUGUGCCUUCCCGCAGUGCGGUUAAGUUCAACAGGAAGUUUGAAGACGUGAGGCAGACUCUCUCCUGAUUUAAGGUGGCACAAGUGAUUCUUAUUGCUACGGUUUACUUGUAAAGUCAAUGCGUUGAUGUCUGUGCAUAAGGCAGCCUUUGUUGAUCAGCAUAGGACCAUCCUGUCAAAUUGCAAAUAUAUUAGUUCUUAAAAUGUAUAUAAUAUAUCAGUAUCCUAUUUUAUGGACAGUUAUUAGAAGUAGUUAAAAAUAGGUUGUGUUGUGACA